GAGCCGUGACCGGGCAGAGGUGCCAUUGAGCGGCGGGCGCGGCGCUUUCAGGGCUCCGAGCGUCAAUUGCCGAAGAUUAGAUUGGAUUAGAUAUGGGCUUCGCUGUCCAGUAGGAAAGUGUGCUCAGGUUUUGAUGCUGCUACUCCUAAGAGGCACUUUUGCAGGAGAGAAACUGGGAUUAAAAGGCAAAAGGUUUAUCUCGGGAAGUUAAGAAGCACGGAGAGGAGGGAAUAAAAAAUAGUUAAAAGUACCGCCCCUUAUUAUUCUCAACAGUCUCUGUCUACCUGCAUCAGCAGCAUCUGUUUUUUUUGCUUACGAGUUACAACCAGGGCUCUAAGGCGUGAGAACCACAUCAAAACGGGAUUUUUUCCCCCCGAAACCUAGUUUGUCAAUAAUUUAUCCACCAGUGACAAUGUCACAGGAACGGAUCUUAGGGGUUAUAAAGCUGUAAAUUUAGUUUCGAUAAAAGGGGGGGAAAUGGGCCCUGUGCUGCGAGUAUAUUUUUGGGCAUAACCUACAGGCCUACCAACCUGGACGCACCUAUAAUUCCGGCUUGUCAAACAAAGAGUUAGAAUAUAUAUAUAUAUAUUUUUUUUUAAAAAGAGCAGGCCCCGUGCAAUUGAGCAAAAAGUCAAAAGGGAAAUGAAUGAAAGUGGAAUAUAGUAUGCAAUUAAUGUAAAAUGAUCACAAAAAUGUAAAUAUUAACUGUGACAUGACCACCACAUUGGAAUGACUGUUCUGACAGUUAAAUCCACAAAGUUAAGUUAAUUGAGUAACACAAGGACAGACGUGUUACUGCCUUUUAUGCGUAAAUAUAUGUAAACCGUAGUUGUUGUCUGUCUCGGUUGCUCUCUCUCAUCGCAGUGCGUUAUAACGAAUCUCCCGAAGUCCACACUCUGCUAACGGGUGGUUGUACUUUUAAUUCUCACGCAUGACGGGCGUUGUAGUCACUUGCGGCGACGGGAACGAAUCAAGUGUGGCGAAAUAAAAAAAAAAACUACAACUACCGGAAUCCCUUUCUCCUACUUCUGUCGGUCACAAACAAUAAUGGAGUCGCACGGAGAAGACACAGGUCCCCCGCAGUCUGCCGGUUCCGGGGAGCAAGGGGAGAGAAAGACAACGGCAGUGUCGUUUGGUUUUACUAAAACAGUUAGCAAAUUUAAGCCCUCUGUUAGCGACGCUGUGACCAAGAAAGAUGACAGAGAUUACUUGACUGGAAUUGAUAGAAAUGAAUUGCAAAGUUCUAAACCGUCUGAAAAGCCCAAGGAGCUCAUCAUCCCUCUGAUCCAGAAGAACCGCUGGCACAGGCCGGACCGAGCGGGCCAGAGCGAGGAGAGUCGAGGCAAAACCCAAGACACAGCCCAAGAUAAUGACUCCGUGGAGUCUCAGGCUGUCAAAGAACUCAUUGAAGAUUCACGGAGGCAGCUCGAGGAGUGGCAGAGUGGCCCCCAGUCACAAAGUAACCUGAAACUCACCAUCCCCUUGUUGAUGCAAAACAAAGUGCCCGAGGGCUUUGAGGAUGGAGACCACGUAAAGGUGGAUCUACGGCCUGAAUCUUCCACAGAUGCAGAUUAUGAGAGCGUUCCUGUUGAGGCUUAUGGACUCGCUAUGCUGAAGGGGAUGGGCUGGAAGAAAGGGGAAGGCAUUGGGCGCACCUUUAAACAAGAUGUGAAGCCAAUCGAACACCAGCUGCGUCCAAAAGGUUUGGGUCUUGGAGCAGAUCGUUCAGCAAUAAAGGACCUGGAGCCCACCAGACAUCAGCGUCCACCCAAGCCAGGCGAGGAGCGAGAGAAGGAGGAGGAACUAGUUUUGGGUCCUGGGGGCUGUGUGCUGGUGGAGUCAGGGGCACAUAAAGAUCUGUAUGGCAAGAUUGAAGGUGUUGAUCCAGACAAUGCUCGGGUUAUGGUGAAGCUGGCUAUUGGCAGCAAGACUGUGACAAUCAGCCAGUACGCUAUUAAACUGGUUGGGCGCAAGGAAUAUGACAAAUACAGCAAAGACCUCAGUCGCCUCAGUAAAGCUCACAAAGACAAGGAAAGGGAGAAAGAGAAGGAAAAAGAGCGAGAGAGGGAGCGACAGAGACGGGAGGAGAAAGAGAGGCGAAGCAAUGGCGACGAGGUAAAACACAAGCCUUCAGAAAGAGAUGGAGGAAGAGAUGAGAGGAAGAGGAAACACAGAGAAUCAAGUCAAGACAGAGAGAAGCUUCCAGUGAAAGAAGCGAGGCGGCCACCAGUUCCCCCCUCCUGGCUCCAGAGGGACUUGAAAGUUCGCUUUAUAGACAAAGCUUUCAAAGGGGGCAGGUACUACAACUCAAAGAUGUGUGUGGAGGACGUUCUGACACCAGCUACCUGCGUGUGUCGAACUGAAGAGGGAAGACUGUUAGACGAUGUGAAGCAGGACAUGCUGGAAACCAUCAUCCCAAAAAGUGAAUGUGAUUCUAUAAUGGUUGUAUUGGGUGAACACCGGGGUCAGGUUGGCCGUAUUCUCCAACGUGACAAGAACAAGUGCAGAGCGAUGGUUCAGCUCGAAAGAUACGAGGAGAAAGUGUUCACGCUGGACUAUGACUCGAUUUGUCACUAUGUGGGGGCAGCACACCAUUGAUCUACGUAUUUUUGAUUUUUAUUCAAAUAUUACCAGUCCUUUUUCAUCCCAAUUGACCCUAAAUGUGGAUUUUUGUAUUAUUCAGAAAAUAAUGGAUUUAAGAUUUUAAUACA